AUGGCGAGGCAGCGCCUUUCCCACCCUAGCGCUGGGUCCCCGGCCCUCUGCGCAACGCUCGCCCGGGACUGGGACGCAGAGCCGCUGACGGCUCUGGGGACGCCCGGGCCCCGGACUUCCCGAGCGGCGCCUCCCAGGCGCAAGCCUUGGGGCCCGGGACCCAGGGCCUCCCCACCGGAAGCCAGAGGGACGCAGCGGUCUCACCACUGCUUUAGGCCGAAUCCGGUGCUUUCUGGAAACGGCCUCCUGCAGCUCCAGAGCGCCUGCAGGAUGUUAUCAGCCAAGCUAGAACACAAGGCAGCCCACCAACCCAGCACAGAUUUGAACAGGCAGCUGAGGAGAUAGCCUGGGAUACCUAUUCUCUGGCUAUCCACCACUAGAAGGGUUCCCUUGUCAAAGAAAUAAGCCAUCCCUUGUCACUAGAUGGUCAGGAGUUCGAGACCAGCCUGGGCAACGUGGUGAAUCCCUGUCUCUACAAAAAAUACAAAAAUUAGCCAGG